CCGCCGCACGGAGCUCAUCUCCAAACCACCAGAUCACAUCUUACACCGGGAAACGGACUUUCUUUACACUCUAAAACUUUUAUUUUCCUUUUCCUAAUCUUUUUUUUUUUUUUAAAUUGUUAUUAUUAUUCUUAAAGCGGAUACAGAGUUUACAUGAAGAUCCUGUCGGACAGAUGCUGGAUGGAUUCUUUUUUGCUUUUGGUGCGUAAAACUUGGCCAAGUAGGUUAGUGGACGAACCGGAGGACUGACAAGAAAAAAGUUUUUGGAAAUACUGAGCGUGUGUGUGCGUGCGUGAGAGGGAGAGAGAGAGAGAGAGGGAGAGAGAGAGAAAGAGAGAGAGAGAGAGAAAGAGAGAGAGAGAGAGAGGAAAGUCAUUGAGAUCUCGGGGAGUGUUUGAUUCAAUGCGUCCGGAGCUGCCGGUUAAACAGCAGGAACACCGGAGAAAGACGGAGAGAGAGAGAGAAGGAGGAAAGGAGUUGAGAUUCAGCGGGGUGUGCAGAGACUCACCGGCUGCUGGACGUACAUGUCUCCUCUCCCCACCGGCACCGAGACGUGUUAAACGCAAAAGAUGCAUCUCGUGUGACUGUGGAGGAUUCUGACGCAGCUGACGGAUGAGUAACGAGUCAAAUAAUGUUUCUUUUUCUUCCUGUGACAUCAUCGCACCAUGCCUGAGGGGUCACGGCGUGGCAGCCAGAGAUCGCCUAGCAACACAGCCGCCAAGCGUCCCUCCUCAGUCUCGUCUCUGAGUGGGAUUGUGGGUAGGAUGAUGUCAUCAGGCGAGCGAGGAGCUUCGUCCUCCUCCUGCACCUCCGUCAACACCGUCUGCUCGGACGGCGAGCGCCCGGCCUCCCUCUCCUCCUCCGCCUCCUCCGUUUCCCUGCAGGACGCCUCCCACUCCUCCUCCUCUUCGUCCUCCUCGUCCUCGCUGCCGUACGGCGCCGUGCCGACCUACAACGCCUGCUCGUCAUCGUCUUCCACGCCGAAGAGGAACGGCUCGGACAUCAGUCUGGACCUCACUCCCCUCGUCACGCCGCAUGGAGGAGGAGGAGGAGGAGUUCCUGGAGGAGGUGGUGUCUGUGUCGCCAAGGUGACCGGAGGCCACCCCUCUAAUGGACACAUAGCCAAUCCGAUGGCGGCGACGGCGGCGGCGCCGGCUGUGCCCAUGCCCAGGCAGCUGUCACGACAGGAGAGAGUGGUGAUGGAGAUCGUAGAGACGGAACAAGCCUACGUCAGAGAUCUGAAGAGCAUCGUGGAGGAUUAUCUCGGCUGUAUAAUCGACUGCGGCGCUCUGCCGUUGAAACCGGAGCAGGUCAGCACUCUGUUCUGCAACAUAGAGGACAUCUAUGAGUUCAACAGUGAUCUCCUGGAGGAUUUAGAGAGGAGUCCUCACGCCGCCGCCAUCGCUGAGUGCUUCGUAGAGAGGAGUGAAGCCUUUGACAUCUACACACUCUACUGCAUGAACUACCCGAAUUCGGUGGCAGUGCUGAGAGAGUGCAUGAAGAACGAGAGCCUGGUUCGCUUCUUCCAGGAGAGACAGACGACGCUGAGCCAUUCUUUACCCCUGGAGACGUACCUGCUCAAACCAGUGCAAAGGAUCCUCAAAUACCACCUACUGCUACAGGAACUUUCUAAACACUUCGACAAGAGUGACCCCGGAUACGAGGUCGUCGAGGAUGCCAUCAUCACCAUGACAGCGGUCGCCUGGUACAUCAACGACAUGAAGAGGAAACAGGAGCACGCCGUCCGGCUACAGGAAAUCGAGUCCCUCCUGGUGAACUGGAGCGGCCCGGAUCUCAGCGGGUUCGGAGAGCUGGUUCUGGAAGGAUCCUUCAAGGUCCACAGAGUGAAGAAGGAGAGAGCGUUCUUCCUGUUCGAUAAGAUGCUGCUGAUCGCCAAGAAGAGGCUGGAACAGUUCGUCUACAGCACACACAUAUUCUGUUGUAAUCUGCUGUUAGUCGAGACUCUGAAGGAUCCGCUGUGUUUCAGAGUGUCCGACCAGACGAUUCCCAAACAGCAGCACAUCGUCCAGACAAAGAACCAGGAGGAGAAGAGGCUGUGGGUGCACUACCUCAAGAGACUGAUCGUAGAAAACCAUCCUGCUUCACUUCCACAGAAGGCGAGGCAGGUCCUGGGAGACAACUUCUGUCAGUCCCCUCAGUUCGACCAGGACAACCUGAAGAAGUCGUCUGCAUCGCCGCGAGUGGACGACGUCCACGGCUAUCACCGCGGCAGGCGUCAGUCAGGUCAGGAGCCUCCAGAGCUGCUGAUGUACACACCUGAGAAGUCCAGGAGGGGUCUGCCGCUGCUGCUGGAGGGAAACCUGCCGUACAGACGCACCAGGAGACAGUCAGCUCCAGCUAAAGACAUCGAAGCAGCUUUUCAUCCCAACGCUUUGACGCAGGCGGGCAGCGAGGGUGAGCUGUGCCAAGCGGACAGUCUGGGCUCAGCGGGCAGCAGCAGCACGCUCGCAUCCUCCGUCAUCGAGGUGGAGGCCGAGCGGAGCGAAUCACGGCUGACGUCGCAGUUGCAACCAAACCAGGAAGAAGAGGAGGAAGAGGAGGAGGAGGAGUUGACCUCCCUCGGCCCUCCUCCCACCCUGUCCAUCACAGAAGAGAUCCUGGAGUUCAUCAACCAGAGCAGAGCCAGAGAAGGACUCACCGCCAUUCAUACUGACUCUACGGAGCAGCACGAGGAUACCCAGCCUCCAUCUAACCAGACCAACUUCACCUGCCCACUGCCCCCAGUCGCCUGUCCCUCCAGCCCAGAACAAAGAACCACAGUGCAACAGGAGCAGGAUAAAGUAGAGACAGAGGUCAUCAGCACCCUCCGAAGCCAGACUGGUGGCUCUGAGGAGGAACAUGGACUUGAAAAUGAGACAACUACAGAUGAAGUCCAUGAAAUUCUAGAUGCAACAAGUCAAGUGGAAAAGGGAGUUGGGGCAGAUGGAGAGACACAAAAAGUAGAGGUGGAAAGGAAGAAACAAGUGAAGAAAGCAAAGGAUGAAGGAGAGGGAGAGAGCACCCACCCCACUCCAACACCUCUCUCUUCCCCUAUUCCUACAUCAGACCUUCAGUCCUCCAUCUCGGCAGAGGAGGAGAGAGAGGCAAGUUGUCACUUAGUCAGUGAGGAGACAAACACAGAGGCCACCACUUACUCCCCAAAUCCAGAUCACCGUCAUCAUCCCAUCCAGAGCCGCCAGCAACCCAAAAGAGGCUCCCACCUCACCAAGCGUGACAAGAAUAUCAUCGAAAAAAUCAGGAGUUACUACAAGGCAGCAGCUGAGGCUGAGGAGGACGAAGAGGAUGCAGAGGAAGAUGGACAGGAAGGAGUGACAUCAAGAAGGAGAAACAGUUUCUCACAAAUCCCCUCUGGCUUGGUGAAGGAGUCUGUGUCACGCUUUGAUAUAAGUGGACACCAGGGGGAGCCAGAGAAUGGGAAACAAAAGUGUGAAACAACUGAAAUAACUGAUGGAGAGGUUGAUCAAGAGGUAGUUUCCCCCACUGGUUCCGCCUCUUCCCAACCUCCACUAUCAGCAGAUGCAGAGAAAGAUGGGCAGGCAGAUAAACCAAUCAGCUCCCUGGAUUUUGAGGCAGAGGGAGAAAGUGGACCAGACAAGUCAUCAACAUCCUCUCUGAUGCAGGACAACGCUAACCAAAUGGGACUGAAUUUACAGUCAAACCCAAUCAAGCCUGUUGGGGAAGAGACUGGGAUUCAGGACACAAAUGGGAAAGGCUGCAAAGAACGAUCGAAAGAAGGAGUGGAGGAUGUACAGGAGGUGAAAACAAGUGUUGUGACUACUGGGGAGAAAGGUGGAAAUUCACUGCAGGGAGAUGGACUAUGUAUCACCAAACAGAGUAAGUGCAGAGAUGAAACAACAACAAAUGCUUUAGAGCAAGCUGUUAUGAACAGGCAUGGAUCUAACCAAGCAGCCCCAGCAGAACCAAAGACAAGCAGCAAAGAACCCUCCUCACCUCUGCCAAAUACAGAGCGAUGUGACAAAACUGAGACCAAAACUCAGUCCGAUUGGACAAAAAGCAAACAAAGAGACCUUGUCAAGACCAGUGGGAACCUUGAUGAUCUUCCCAGUCAGAUAAAAGUAGGCCGAUGGUCCCGCCACUCCAAGAUUGUCACUGCCAACCGGGCCUUGUUUGAGGGCAUGGGAUCAGAUGUAGCAGGUAUAGGGUUCUUUGAGGCCAGCCCUGUGGUGGACCCCGCGCUGAUGGAGAACUCAGAGCGUAUUCUGAGCAAGGUCCAAACAUUGGCCCGGAUGUAUAGUGCCAAAGCCAGCACCAUGAAGGUCCCACUGCAUCAGAAACGGAUCAGCUCUGUAAGGAACCAGUCCUGGGGCUCAGCUAGACUGUCUGGACUUUCAGCACAGACUAAAAGCCAGACACAGGUUGAAUCUCAGGCCCAAACUAAACACCGACAGCAAACACAAAAGGAAACCAACAGACAGCCGAAAUACGACAUCCAAAGUCAUGCAUAUGCAAACUCAUGUCAUGGUCCAACUCAUGCUGAGGCAAAACACCAAUCAGAUACCCGAACAGAGACCAAGUAUGGAACCCAAACUCACUCCGAGACCAAAGUUCAGAGUCAAACCAGGCAGCAGUUACAGACCCAAACCAAAAGCCAGAUGUGGAGUCAUUACCAAAGCCAAACCCAGACCAAGGCUUACAGACAGUACCAGACCCAAACCAUGAACCAGGAGGACCACAGGAUUCAGGAGGAGAGGACUAACACAGCAGAGAGCCUGAUGAAUGAUUUUCAGGAGACAGCAAUGGUCCCCAGUGAUCCUCUGCUGUUUGGUCAUGUGUUAGUCAAAGAGCAGCUGACCCCAGCCUGUCACCACCAGACAAAUGGACUCGCCCUCUCCAGGCCCAGGGACUUUGUCUCUGCCUUAACCAAAGAAAGAGACUCCAGCGUGGACUGUAGAUCAGGUGACAACUCCCAGACUUUCACCACGCCUGAGGAAAAUGCGUCCACUUCACUCAGAUGUCGGUCAUCCAGUCCAGCCCAGGACAAACGUUACAAUAUCUCCACAGACACAUCCUUGACUUCUACAGCAUCUAGGAAUCACCUCAGUGCGCAACCUGAAGAUCAGAGCUCCAGCCUGGGCUGCUCUGCCAGUGAUAACCCCCUGAUGUCCACCACGACCUUGGAUCGUAGCGUCACAGAGUUCAGGGACUACUGCGAAGUCCUGAAUCAUGCAGAUACUAAAGAGACAGAAAAAAGAGAGGGGUCAGAGAUGAGUGGUGGACUUCGUGUUUACUCAAUCAGAGAGGACUCAUCAUCUGUCAUUGCCCACGUGGCAAGCUCGGAGCCAACUCUCUCUGCUCAUAGCAUACCACAGUCAAACAUUUCCAAAGAUGGGGAUGAGCUGAACAAACAUAAGCAGGAUAUGCCAGCGGUACAUUAUGUACAAGACAAAAAUUAUACACAACAUAAUGAAAGUGGGAGUGUUCAUGCAGGGCCUGAAUCCCUAGUGUGCACAGGACCCAGGGGUGGAGAGGGAACUCCAGGAGAACUGGUACUGAUGGUAGCAUCUACACAGAACCAGGGGCCAAACCCAGGACUGACUGGAGAGGAUGCCCAGAGAGAAGCUCUUCAACAGGGGGAUGGAAGCCUCACCUCCCUGGGUACCUCUGAAGGCCCAGAGAAAGAUGAGCCCCCGAGUGAGCAGAUGAUGUUAAAUGAAACCAAGCAUGAUUUGAACGAUUCUUCUUCACAAACCAGGAUGUUUCCACAAGGUUCAACAGUGGUCUUUUCAGAUGAGCCACCUAACUACGGAUCCUCAGGCAAACUGGUUGUUCCGUCAGCCCCAAAUCAGCCUUUGCACAUGAUCUUUGACCCCUCAAAGGGUUCUAGUCAUAUAGUCACAGAAACCCCCGAUGGUCACAAAGCAAGAGAAGGGGCAGCACCACGUCCGUGGUCAUCGGUUCAAAGUCCAGAAUCAAAUCCUGCUGAACCACGCUCUCCGUUGGCACAGUCCAUAGACUGUCUACCAACAUUCACCAGCCAGAGGCCACCAGACAUACCCACUACAACAGGCAAACGGGCUCCUUUUAACACCUGGAAUAUCAAUAACACCACGCCAUAUGACUGCAGUUCCAGGGAAGCAGACCAGCAGGGCUCAGGAUCCCCCACCAGCGCGCCCAUCGCCAGCCCCCCCUCAGGCAGCCGCUCUUCUUUCCGACCGUCCUUGGAGACACCCGGCUUGGUGGAGAGAUCUAACCAGGAUGCAGACCCCACCACAGCCCCCUCAGCCUUCAGACCCAGCCUCAAACACAGCUCCCCUUCUCCUAUCAGAGCUUUCUCCACCUCACCCUCCCUCCCACCUUCCUCCUCCUCCUCUGUUCGAGCGUCUCCUUGCCCCUCGCCGUUCAGGGUCGUUGCAGCACCUUCUCCCACCCCCUUAUCUGCUGAAGGCUUCACCUCCCCGAACACUGUUCCCAGGGCUCUUCCCUGCUUCUCUCCUCCUCCCUCUUCUGGGAGGGGCUCCUCCAUGAGAGCUCCUCCUGCCUCUUCUCCUACACCCUCCCCAGCGUUCGAUUCCUCCUCCUCCUCUUCCUCUGGGAGGUCUUCAUCCAUGAAAGCAGGUCCUUCUUCCUCCCCUACACUGCCCUCUUCCCUCCGCUCUCCUCCAUGUUCCUCCCCCACAGCAUCUUCGUCUGCAUUCAGCAGAUCGUUAGCUGCCUCCUGUAUCAGCCAGUCCAUCAGUCAGAGUAUGGCGAAAAAGAAUGCUGCCCGACAUCAAGCCCAACCCUCAAACACAGUGAACCAAAGCCCUUCCUCCACCCCUUCCUUACCGUCCUCUCAUCUACGACGUCGCUCCCCUUCACCUAAACUCCCUCCUGGUCAGCAAGGCUCCAGCACACCUGCCUAUGCCCAGUUAGGGUGCACUGUAGAUGGGUACCAACAUCCAAGGUGUCCACCAUCCUUUCUCCGGUCCCCUUCUCCAUCACCUGUGCAGUCGACUCCUCCCUCUCUUUCCCAACGCUCUCCUUCCCCAUCUAUGAGGCCUCCCCACGCUUCUUCCUCUUCCUCCUGUGCCUCAUUCCUUCACUCCAAAACUGACUCAUCACAAAACCCUAACAACAACAACAAUAACAAUGUUGGCUUAUCUGGUUUCACCGCAGUGAUCAGAAAUGCAAGUAAUGCCAGCAUCUGCAGCAUUAAUGGUGCUGUCAGUAAUGGGGGUUGGUCAGUCAGUCCACAGAAGGCGCCACUAGCUAAUGGUAGUGCUAAUGCUACUGUAGAACAACAAACCCAUGAUCCUCUCUGGUCGGGGUCACACAACCGUGUAGCUCGGCCUUUUUCUGCGUCUGAACCUAGCUCAAGAGUUCAGUCUCCAUCUCCCUCCCCAAGCCCUGCCUCCUUUACUCGCCUCUGCUCCCCACCUCCUCAACAUAAUUACUCCUCUCCCAUGGCAAACAAACCUCCCCACCCCAGGAGCACACGAGUAGGAGGCGUAAGUUCCCAUAAUCCACUUGGUCUCACUUUGGAGCUUCCAAGGGCCUCUUCAGCAAGUUCCUCAUGUUCAAGCCCUCAGAUCCUCUCCCCGCCUCCUAUUGGCGUGUCAGUGAAUGUUUGGACAAAUAAUGUUGCAGCACCCCAACCUAGAAACCCCCGAUUCACCUCCUCCUCUCCCUCUCGCUCCUUUGCUUCCUCUUUAGGAUCACCAACACUGGAGAAUGCCUCCUUCCCCACUUCCUCUUCUUCUUCUGCCCCACUGCAUAGUUCCAGAGCCUCCUCCCCAUCUGCACCCUGGCCUCCAGUGGCCCAAACAAUGUCACAAACCCUCCGUAGGUCUUUGUCCUCCAACCUCGCAGACAGAACCCCCAGCCCGGCCCGGAGCAACUCUAGUGGACUGCGCCGCUCCUGGGCAGAGGGCAGCCGUAGAUCCCUUGGUUUUAGUGGUAGUGGUCGAGGGUCCUUUGACCAGCAUGAGUCCGGUCCGACCAGUCCAAGAAGUGGAUGGUCCUCGUAUGGCAGCUCACCAUCCUGCCUCAGCCCCCGAGCUGGACUUCAGUCCCCCAACUCCCUUAGUAGGCUUACUCCAGGGAAAGGCACCCUUGGUGGGCAGCAUUUCACCAGCGUGCCCUGGCCAGAUGUACGGGAGCUUUCGAGCAAAUAUAAUGGAACUGAUAGCCUCGAUACAAGUGCUACUUCCACCAUCAUCGCCUCUUCUCCUUCUCCUCUCUCCCCGCUCUCGCAUACCCUCCUCUCCUCUCCGGCUCCAUCAGACAGCCAGGCAGAAUGGGGAGACCCAGAACUGGAGGAGGGUAGCUGUCGCAGUCAGCUGAUUUGCGCCUACGUUGCCCGGCCCUCCCGUGAACAAAACCUUGCCUCCUCCUGCCUGGUCCUGUCCUCCUCAGGCAUCACCUCCCCUCCACCUGCCCCCUACCAGCAACCAAACUACCAAGUCAAACCCCAGCCUCAGGUCCAAAUCACCUCCACAACGCCUCCUGUACCUUCAGUCCCCUCCCCUUUGCCCUCAAGCUCAUCCCCCCUACCCUUUGCCCUCUCCUCUCCUACCAAACUGGGGAACCAGAAGACCAGUUACGCCACCACAGUCAACCUCCAGAUUGCUGGAAGUGGCCGGAUAACCUCCUUCAGCACAGCCCAAGUUAGCCUGACCCAAACCCUCCAGGGUGGAGCUGGAGCUGGAGGAUCAGGACAGGCGCAAAUGGCGAGGAGAGUAAGCAUCAAUGGACUUUCACACCUUCCUUCCCCUCUUCCUCAGAACUGUAACAGGCUUUGAAAGACAGACAGGAUUCUUUCUUUUGUGGCCUGAGAAGGUGAUGCAACGAAAAAAAAAGGCAUUACUGUUUUUUUUUUAGAGAAAACAUCCACACGUGAGUUGGCCCCUCACCACAGAGACACAAAGUAUUCCAAGUUGAAAAGCUUUCUCAAAUAGCAAAGCGAUGGAUACUUUGGCUUGGGAAUAAGUUCACACCCCGAGGGACAUAAUGAGUGAAGACAUUCCCCUGAGCGUGAUGGGAUACGUUUGGAGUCACAUGUAAUGCAGACUACACAUUGAAUCUUAGUACCUGAGCAUUAAACAUUAGACUUUUCAAGAAUGGAAAAUCCACCUGCACAUGGCUCUUCAUAUUUUUCAAUCUGGGCUAAUGACUUUGAAUAGAUGCUAAUGGAAUUUCUUUAAAGAUCCCAAUUUUGUAAAAAAAAGUAAAGGAAUACGUUGCCACCAAUGGUGAUGAAUCACGCAGCUGUCCUCUUGCUUGAUGAACACCCAAAACCCCUGAAUGUCCUCAGCAGGAUGUGACAGUUUAAAGACAGUUUAACCGGUCUGAAGUCUGUUCAUUGGACAGUUUGCUGCUUCUGAACAGACUCUUUUUUUGUGGAUGUGAUGACUUCUUGGAUGGACUUUUAGAUAAUAAUAGACAGUUAAAUCAGUAACUUUAAUGAGCUGGAGUACAUCCAUUUCUGCUAAUCCUGCAAACACAGAUAUGUUGAAGGUCCAACCAGUGCUGUAUGCAAUCACAGUUACUUAAUGUAUUAUUAUUAUUGCUUCUAUUUUUUUUUUUUCUAUAUUCUGUUGAACAAACAUCAAUUUCUGGUUUUCUGACGCCAUGUGUUUAAAGUUAACUGUGGUUAUUAAUAAUCUAUCUUUUUAACCAUUUUUAUUCUUUUUAUUUUAUUGUUUAUUUAUGAAGUUAGUCUUAUUCUCUUUGGCACUUAAUAUCCUUAACGUUAUGUUGAUAUUUUGCACAGUGUCCUCAGCUCUUGGGUGUAAGUGUGUGUGUGUGUGUGUGUGUGUGUGUGUGUGUUUGAAAUGACGUGUCUGGCAAGUUCUCCUUUAACUUCAGACCAAGCGGAUAUCUGUGUAUUGUGAUGUUUGUUCUCAUAUUGAUGUACUCAUUUGGGUCAUUGACUUUGCACUCUGUCCUGUUGUCAGUAUCCUUCAGAAACCUUGUAUCUUGAGCUUCACUGGGUUUUCAGAAACAGCCUCAUGACCUCAGCAUCAAGCCGAAUACUGAUCAUCAGGAGUCAAAACAGACUCAAGUGUUCAGGUUACACACUGGUGACAUAUUGAUUAAUUCACGUAUGAAAAGAUCAAUCUGGCAAUUUUCUAUAUUUUUCUGUGGCUCACUGAUGUGUUUUUAAUCGUUUUUGGACAACAACGGAGGUCUACA